GCGCACCUGGCUCAGCUUCGGGGCUGCUGGGCCGGGCGGGGACGAGCGCGCGCAGCCGGCGGCGAGGAGGAGUGGGGCGCAGCGCGGAGCCGGCGCCGCAGCCCGCGUCGCCAUGGUGGAGGCGGCGCCCGCGGGUCCUGGGCCGCUGCGGAGGACCUUCUUGGUGCCCGAGAUCAAGUCGCUGGACCAGUACGACUUCUCGCGGGCCAAGGCGGCGGCGAGCCUGGCGUGGGUGCUGCGGGCCGCGUUCGGGGGCGCAGAGCACGUGCCGCCGGAGCUGUGGGAGCCCUUCUACACCGACCAGUACGCACAGGAGCACGUGAAGCCCCCGGUCACCCGGCUGCUGCUAUCUGCCGAACUCUACUGCCGGGCCUGGCGCCAGGCGCUGCCGCAGCUCGAAGCCCCUCCCAACCCCUCAGCGCUGUUGGCCCUGCUGUCUCGGAGGGGCACUGUGCCCUCGCUCCCUGAUCGCCCAGUGUGCGAGGCGGACCUGAGACACCAGCCCAUUCUCAUGGGAGCCCACCUAGCAGUCAUCGAUGCCCUUAUGGUGGCCUUCGCCUUCGAGUGGACGAAGACGCUGCCCGGUCCCCUGGCUCUGCCUAGCUUGGAGCACAAACUGCUGCUCUGGGUGGAAUCGACCGUCCGGAGGCUGCAGGAGAAAACUGAGCAAGAAGCAGCACAGCGUGCCUCUCCCGCUGCUCCUGCUGAUGGGGCAGCGCCGGCGCAGCCCUCGUGUCCCACGCGCUGGUAUUGGAAGCUGGUCCCUCACGCAAUUGCCUUCUGUUUGAAGGAGUCGGGGAGCAAACCCCCCAUGAUCCGCUACCGCAAGGACCGCGCCGUGGCCCGCCGAGCUCCCUGCUUCCCGUCUGUGACCACCAUCCAGGACCUGGCCAGUGGUGCCGCAUUGGCUGCCACCAUCCACUGUUAUUGCCCCCAGCUGUUACGUCUUGAGGAGGUCUGCCUCAAGGACCCCAUGUCAGUGGCCGACAGCCUGUACAACCUGCAGCUGGUGCAGGAUUUCUGUGCCUCCCGCCUCCCCCGUGGCUGCCCACUGUCCCUUGAAGACCUGCUUUACGUCCCGCCGCCCCUCAAGGUCAACCUGGUGGUGCUGCUCGCCGAAAUGUACACAUGCUUCGAGGUGCUGAAACCCGACUUCGUACAGGCCAAGGACUUACCCGAUGGGCAUGCCACCUCCCCCUGGGGCACCGAGGCCUCCCCCUCCCAGAACAAUAGUGGCAGCAGUUCUCCUGUCUUCAACUUCCGUCACCCACUCCUGUCACCUGGCGGCUCUCAGUCCCCACUUCGGGGAUCCACAGGCUCCCUGAAGUCCUCCCCGUCCAUGUCCCACAUGGAGGCCCUCGGCAAGGCCUGGAACCGUCAGCUCAGCCGUCCCCUCUCCCAGGCUGUGUCGUUCAGCACCCCCUUUGGCCUGGACAGCGAUGUGGACAUCGUCAUGGGAGACCCCGUCCUGCUGCGCUCAGUCAGCUCGGACAGCCUGGGCCCCCCGCGUCCAGUGCCCGCAGCUCGGACCCCCGCCCAGCCAACCCCAGAGCCCGGCGAUCUGCCCACCAUUGAGGAGGCCUUGCAGAUCAUCCACAGUGCCGAGCCCCGGCUUCUCCCAGAUGGUGCUGCUGAUGGCAGCUUCUACCUCCACUCUCCUGAGGGCUCCUCAAAACCGCCACUGUCCUCCUCCUACCCACCUAUGGGGGCCUCAAAACUGCUUUCUGAUAGGCUCCCCAAACCACCUGUUUAUGUGUCCCAUCCAGAGGUCCCCUUGAAACCGUCUUCUUGCCCAGCAAGGGAAGUAUUGAAGCCACCAGCCCCAGCAGAGGGGUCCCCGAAGGCGGCUGCUUUGUCCCCCGCAGCCACCAACUCUGAAGUCAAAAUGACCAGCUUUGCUGAACGCAAGAAACAGCUUGUAAAAGCCGAGGAGGCUGGAGUAGGGUCCCCCAACUCUACACCGAUAGCACCUGAGGCCCUAAGCUCAGAGAUGAGUGAACUGGGAGCCCGACUGGAGGAGAAACGCCGGGCCAUAGAGGCCCAGAAGCGUCGCAUCGAAGCCAUCUUUGCCAAGCACCGCCAGCGGCUGGGCAAGAGCGCCUUCCUGCAAGUGCAACCUCGGGAGGCCGCUGGGGAGGCGGAGGUGGAGGCUGACGCUGGGCCCGCUGGAGGGGAGCGGCCAGCAGGUGAGGGCCAGGGCGAGCCGUCCUCACGGACCAAGUCGGUGACCUUCUCUGCGGAGCUGGGCCCUGAGCCCCCUGAGGGGCUGGGGGACUACAACCUAGCGGUCAGCAAGCUGAGCGCCGCCCUGAGCUCGCUGCAGCGGGACAUGCAGAGGCUCACGGACCAGCAGCAGCGGCUUCUAGCCCCACCGGAGGCCCCUGGACCUGCCCCGCCGCCUGCUGCCUGGGUCAUCCCCGGUCCCACGACAGGACCCAAAGCUGCAUCCCCCAGCCCUGCCCGGCGAGCCCCGGCCGCCCGGCGCAGCCCAGGGCCUGGCCCCAACCCGACAUCUCGAAGUCCCAAACAUGCACGGCCGGCAGAGCUGAGGCUGGCGCCCCUGACCCGGGUGCUCACGCCCCCCAAUGAUGUAGACAGUCUCCCCCACUUGCGCAAGUUUUCACCAAGCCAGGUGCCUGUACAAACGCGCUCCUCCAUCCUCCUGGCGGAGGAGAUGCCACCUGAGGAGCCCGUGACCCGGCCUGCCCUCAUAGAGAUCCCCCUGGCCAGCCUGGGAGAUCCUGCUGUGGAGGCAGACGGAGAUGGGAGCCCCCCCGGGGCUGAGGAUUCCUUGGAGGAGGAGGUGUCUUCUGAGGGAGAGCCCCGGACUGGGCUUGGAUUCUUCUAUAAGGACAAAGACAAGCCCGAGGACGAGAUGGCCCAGAAGCGGGCCAGCCUGCUGGAGCGGCAACAGCGGCGGGCAGAGGAGGCCCGAAAGCGCAAGCAGUGGCAGGAGGCUGAGAAGGAGCAGCGGAGAGAGGAGGCUGUGAGGCUGGUACAUGACGGGGCCCCCGUGGCUCCCAUAGCUCCUGCGUCGGCACCCUCAGCUCCUGUAGCUCUCAUGGCGGCAGCGGCAGCCCCGGCCCCCGGCCCGGUCCCGGCCCCAGCCUCUCGGGUCCCAGCAGAGGAGGAGGUGGGACCCCGUCGAGGAGAAUUCACAAGGCUGGAGUAUGAGCGCCGGGCCCAGCUAAAGCUGAUGGAUGACCUGGAGAAGGUGCUGAGGCCCCGGGCUGUGGGGGCCGGAGGGCCAGGUCGGGGUGGGCGGAGGGCCCCCCGGCCACGCUCUGGCUGCUGUGAUGACUCGGCCCUGGCGCGAAGCCCAGCUCGUGGCCUGCUGGGCUCGAGGCUCAGCAAGGUCUACUCACAGUCUACCCUGUCCCUAUCCACCGUGGCCAACGAGGCCCCCAAUCACCUCGGUGUGAAGAGGUCCACGUCCCGGGCUCCGUCGCCGUCAGGCCUCAUGUCCCCAAGCCGGCUGCAGGGCCCCCGGGACCGCGAGUGGGAGAACGGCAGCAAUGCCUCCUCCCCGGCCUCGGUGCCUGAGUACACAGGUCCACGACUGUACAAGGAGCCCAGCGCCAAGUCCAACAAAUUCAUCAUCCACAACGCCCUGUCGCACUGCUGCCUGGCGGGCAAGGUGAACGAGCCCCAGAAGAACCGCAUCCUGGAGGAGAUUGAGAAGAGCAAGGCCAACCAUUUCCUGAUCCUCUUCCGGGACUCCAGCUGCCAGUUCCGGGCGCUCUACACACUGUCAGGGGAGACUGAGGAGCUGUCACGGCUGGCAGGCUACGGACCCCGCACCGUCACACCUGCCAUGGUCGAAGGCAUCUACAAGUACAACUCUGACCGCAAGCGUUUCACCCAGAUCCCGGCCAAGACCAUGUCCAUGAGCGUGGACGCCUUCACCAUCCAGGGACACCUCUGGCAGAGCAAAAAGCCCACCACUCCCAAGAAAGGGGGCAGCACCCCGAAAUAGCCCGCUGGGGGCAGUGCCCUCCCGGAGGCGUUGUCCCAUGUUCUGUCCGUCUCCAUCGGCGUCUGGGUGGGGCUGGAGCCCCCACCCCUGAGUCUGGUCCUGCUGUGGGGGCUGAGCUGGGAGUCUCAGGGACUCAGAGCUCAGCUGGGUCCCCUUGUCUGUCCUCCCCACCUUCUUGAAUAAAAUAACUGGAAGACCGGUGGAGCCGGGUCACCUCCCUGAGGCUGCCUGGGUUUCGGUCUCUCCACCAGCGCUCA